GCUUUGUCAAAACGACAGAAAAUACACACGCGCUCGCAUCAUUGAGCUUCCCGGGCCCCGGUGCCUAACGUGAAGCGGCCAGGUGGAGGAGCUGAAUGCGCUCUGCACUAGUCUAUGUGGUGAUGAUGGUCUUAUCGCUUAUAUCUAUCAUAAUAACUACCCAAUGGGACAUAAAUAUAUCAUCAGCACGUCACUCAUGCAGAUGCAGUUCAAAUUCACACACACUCUCACACACACACACACACACACUCACACACACACACACACACACACACACACACACUUUGGCUCCCUCCACUUGAACAGAGGAAUAUGUCAUUUUCUGCCCGUGGUCACGUGACCACUCUCCCUGUGAGAUGGAUGGAGAUGGAUCUCCACGUCAGCUUCGCGUCUGAAAAUUUCAGCUGCGCGGACAUGCUUCAAAGCCACAGCAGCAGCAGCAACCGCGCCGGAGCGCCGUCAGACGCUGGAGCUCCGCGCGUGAGUAGAGCCCAGCCCCGAGCCCCCGAGCCAUGAUGGAUUUUGAUGAGCGGGUGCCCGUCGGGUCCAACAUGUAUUUGCCCAGCUGCACGUACUACGUCUCCGGGACGGACUUCUCGAGCCUGCCGCCGUUCCUGCCCCAAGCCCCGUCGUCCUGUCCCGUGACAUACUCGUACUCCUCGUCCAACCUACCGCAGGUCCAGUCCGUGAGAGAAGUUGCCUUCAGGGAUUACGGCAUUGACACGGCUAGCAAAUGGCACCACCACCGGGGCAAUCUGUCCCACUGUUGCAGCGCAGAAGACGUGGUGCACCGGGACUGCCUCUCGAGCCCGGGGACACUCGGUGAGAUGUUUGCAAAAAACAACUCGGUUGUCUAUCACUCGGCGUCUAGCCACGCGUCCAACCUGUACGGCGGCGCGGGCAGGAACGGAGUUCUCCCGCAGGCGUUCGAUCAGUUCUUCGAGACGGCGUACGGCAGCACGGAGAGCGUGUCAACGGAGCAGUCGGUGGACAGGACCGCCAGCAAACCGCCGCCGCCUGCACCGGAGUCCGGCGCGGACACGUGCCGGGAGACGGGGGAGAAAGAACGGCUCGAGGAGAACAGCAGCCCUGAAUCCUCUUCCGGCAACAAUGAAGAGAAAUACAGCAGCAGCGGCAGUGCCCAGCGGACGCGGAAGAAGAGAUGUCCUUACACCAAGUACCAGAUCCGCGAGCUGGAGAGAGAGUUCUUCUUCAGUGUGUACAUCAAUAAAGAGAAACGCCUUCAGUUGUCGCGGAUGCUCAACCUCACCGACCGCCAAGUUAAGAUCUGGUUCCAGAAUCGGCGCAUGAAGGAGAAGAAGCUGAACCGGGACAGACUACAGUAUUACAGCGUCAACCCGCUGCUGUGAGCGGGAGAGGCCCGCGCCGCGCGGGACACACGCGACCGACUACAGUAUUACAGCGUGAACCCGCCGCUGUGAGCGGUUAGAGGCCCGCGCCGCGCGGGACACACGCGACGGUUAAUUUCAAGUUCGCGGCUACGGGCGACAUUCCGCCUCUCUCUCAGACUCAGAGCAACUGGACUCAGGAUUUCUCUUUGGCCACUCAGUUGUGAUGUCUUUCGCGCUUUGAACUAAAGAAAAACAUUAUUUGCAGUGUGUCGUGCCCCUACCAGAGGACAUCCCCCUUCGGCGGGC